AUGAACGGGACGUCAAUACAUACGUACUCUUCCAAGAAAGAGGCCCUUACCAUUCUGCAGUACCUCUGCAAUCAAUUUGAUCCUAUGUCGUUGCCUGUUGGAGUAGCGAGACGAUCAGAUCAUGUCCAAUUUGUCGCGGAGCGAGAUGAGCCUUAUUUUCCUAUCCCGUUCAAGGAAACAGAAACAACAGCAGCGCUCAAGGCAAUUGAAGCAUCGGUUGCAUCCCUUCUCGCAGAUACACGGCAAGAGGGACAGGCUCCUGAAAGAAAAAUUGUGGUCGAUCUUGAAAAGACAACAGCUUUCCUGUUUCAAGCGUACUUGGCCAGAGUCGGGGGAUAUGGAAAGCUUGAUAAGGGGGUCAAGAACAUGUUAAAAGGUUUGUGUGCAACAAAAUCUAUGCCAACUGCCCACUUUGCUAACCUCUCGCCGAAUGUAGACACGGAUUUUCUGCAGGCACAAUCUGAUCCGUAUCGCCGCAUGUCUGCCAAUUUAUAUGCCACCAAAAACCCUAAUGAGUAUUACCAUAUCCAUGGAUCAUUAGAAGCGUCGACGACGCUGAAGAUGGUUGGACUAGAACCGCAUCGGCCUGAUUUGGCGACACAUGAGGAUAUUGUGCAAACGAUUGAAUCUGCAGUGAAGAAUUUUACCGUCGAUGAAUUAGAGGAGUUAAAUGCGCAGAAUAGACAAGCUGGGAUUAAAGCAUUUACACAUGCUGAAUUUCUCAAAACUCCGCACGGCAAAACAAACAUUUCGCUUUCGCCAUGGUCGGUUGAGGGUUUAGAAGAUAAAACACCACAAAUACCUCUCCCGACGAAAGAUAGCCGACUUCUAUCCGGCAUCAAAGUGCUGGAGUUGUGUCGAAUAAUUGCUGGCCCUACAAUCACUAGAAUUCUGGGCGAAUAUGGUGCAGAAGUCAUAAAAGUAACAGCUCCCUAUCUCAGCGAUGUGCCCUUCUUCCAAGUGGACGGAAACAUGGGAAAGCGGGCCACGGAUUUGGAUCUCAAGUCUGCGGAGGGAAGAGAGGCUUUUGAGAAGCUCCUGGCCGAUGCCGACGUUGUGGUUGACGGAUACCGCCCUGGAGCAAUUGCAAAACUGGGAUACGGUCCCAAGCAACUUUCAGAAUUGGCGAUCAAGCGACGUAAAGGAUUUGUCUACGUGAAUGAGAAUUGUUUUGGAUACGAGGGCGAGUGGGCCUCUCGCCCUGGUUGGCAGCAGAUUUCAGACUGCGUGACGGGCAUCGCGUGGGAGCAAGGCAAGUUCAUGGGUGUCAACGAACCCAUGGUGCCCCCAUUUCCCAUCUCAGACUACGGUACUGGCUGUAUCGGCGCCAUUACAGCACUCAUCGGCCUUUAUCAUCGAGCAACUCGCGGAGGCUCUUGGCACGGCAAAGCUUGCUUACUGCAUUAUGAUCUACUCCUGUUCAAAGUCGGCUUGUUACCGGAGCACGUACAGCAGAAGCUUCGCGAUACCAUGGGUCCAGAAGUACUCGCUUUACGCUACCAUAAUAGCGUAGACCAGAUCUCGGGGACGGUGCUGCGGCGUAUGCGGGAAGUGUAUCCCGACUUUGUGGAAAACCCAAAGUACCUGGAUAAGUGGUAUGCCGACAAGUAUAAGGCGGAGGUUCAUGCAGUGAAGCCGGUAGUUGAGAUUGAGGGCUUAGAAUUGGGAUUCCGAAGGGCAAGCCGGCCGAACGGUUCGGAUGAAGCGAAAUGGGAAGUAGGCGAGGAAAAGGAUUACCAAUUGUAG